GAAAUGUUUUCUUGAAGAAAAGCAACAUCAAACAACAUGAAAUGAGUUUAUAGAUGAAAAAUGAAAAUGGUGUCAAUGAGUGUGGGAAUGCCCUCAAUCUCAAAAUGUUUUCUUUUCAACACAGGAUUAAGAACACCAACAACUCGUUACUCUGUCAACUGCACCUUGAAACCUUCACUUUCAGCUUCAGUCACAAACAUGGCACUCCCCAACACUACCAACAGGAAGCUUCCCAUUCUGCUGUUCGACAUCAUGGACACUCUCGUUCGUGACCCUUUCUACGAGGAUGUUCCUGCUUUCUUCGGAAUGUCUUUUAAGGAACUCAUCGAUUGCAAGCACCCAACUGCUUGGCUUGAGUUUGAGAAGGGUUCCAUUGAUGAGAUGGAGCUAGCAAGAAUAUUUUUUAAGGAUGGAAGGGAUUUUGAUUUAGAAGGCCUUAAAACUUGUAUGAGAAAUGGAUAUUCUUACAUAGACGGCAUUGAACAAUUGCUUUUUACCUUAAAGCAAAACAACUUUGAGAUGCAUGCUUUUACAAACUAUCCUACAUGGUACCAGUUGAUUGAAGACAAGUUAAAGCUAUCCACAUAUUUAUCUUGGACAUUUUGCUCAUGCACACAUGGAAAGAGGAAGCCUGAUACUGAAUUCUAUAUGGAAGCUCUGAGGCAUCUUAAAGUUGAUCCAGCAUCUUGUAUUUUUGUAGAUGACAGGAAAAGAAAUGUAGAGGCAGCAACUGAAGUUGGCAUCAGAGGUGUACAGUUCAAGAAUGUUAAUUUACUGCGUGAAGAGCUGUCAUUGAUGGGGGUUGAUAUUUCAAUAGGUCAAGAUCGAUAGCUUAUUUUCUUUGAUUGUCUUGUUUGAACUACACCAAUAAACUUCCCUAGGGGAAAGGGGAUAUUCCAUCAUUCUUAAUUGUAUAUUCAAUUCAUAUCAUGCUAAUAAGCAUUGUUGAAAUGACUUCUGAAUUUUUUAUCCUUCCAAUGAUCUUUCUAGUUCUUCUCA